UGUGCUCUUGGUGUUUCCAAGUCUGAGUUCAGGACACUGCGCUUGAUUCAUUUCGUACUUGCACUGCCGAUGUAAUUCGUUUCGAAAACCUUUUUUGUUUGUUUUUUUUGUUGAAUUUCAACUGCGUAGUUUACAGUAACUACAAUAACCUUUUUUUUGUGGUUACGUCUUUGAGUCUCGUGUGUUCUGUAUGUUAAAAUUCCAACACAUGCAUUUAACUCGAACUUUAUUUAAUAGUAUUAGAACUUUUGGAGAAAAGUCAUUUAACUUGCAUUCCCGGCGUCAUGUCUUGCAUGCACGUUGCUCGAGCGUGCUCCUACGUUAAUGGCAGAACGGCUUCAUUCACUUUAUCGGUUCCUGUGGCGAUAAAGUCUUCCGUUUGGUGGAAGUCUUCGCAGGGCUGCGCGCGCUGCCCCGCGGGACCCUGUCGCCGUUUGGAGUGCGCGGGUCCGCAUUGUUAACCAGCUUUACACAUGCAGAUCGGGACGGGAAGUGUUCGUGCCUUCGUUUAGCUGCGUGCGUAUUGACGACGGGCGCAUUUCCCAGACCGUAAUCCACGCGCACGUAGACUGUUUGGUCCGAGCUUGGCCGUGGGCUGGCGAGGGUUCGGCGCAGGGGAGGCGGAGUGAAUGAUUAUAGGAACCGACCCAUCUGAAUUAUGUCCUUGCGCUUAAUUAACCGCCGGUUGUCCAAUGCGUCUGCAGCCUGCGGUUCCACAGGGAGUUGCUGAUCGGGUCAGAUGGAUCGUGGUGCCCACCGCGGCGGAGUCGGUUCAGUGGUGCUGAUCCGGGAUCCGGCGACGAGCGAUCGGCCGGACCUGGACCUGCCGGCUGGGGCCAUCCUCUCCCUGGAGCAGAUCCGCACCGUCCGCUCCUGCAAUGAGUACACGGAGGGCCCGGCGGCGCCGCGGCGCUGCGCCCCGGUCCCGGCCAAGCGCGAGCGGACCCACGAGGUGAUCCUCGUCAACAACAACAACUACGAGGCUCACUGCCCGCGCCCGCCGCCCCUACACCGCUCCACCAGCUCGGGUAGUUCGGGCAGCGCCUCGUCGGAGCAGGGCCUCCUGGUGCAGUCGCCGCCCUCCCGCCCCGCGCGCCACUGCAGGGCGGAGCGACCUGUCCGGACCCAGCCCAAAGCCCUGGGCUCGCCCGCGCAGCCCCUGCUGCUGGCCGACGCGCUCCUGAAGCAGGCGGGCGCGAACCCCCUGCCUGCCCCUCCUCCUCCACCGCUGCCGCCCGGCCCGCCGGCCCACCAGACUGGGGGCAAAGGCAGGGCAUGGCCCUAUUCGCCGCACCGCUUCCUCUGCGAGCGCUGCGGCAAGUGCAAGUGCGGCGAGUGCACGGCCCCCCGGGCGCUGCCCUCCCGGCUGGCGUGUGACGGCCAGUGCCUGUGCUCGGCCGAGAGCCUGCUGGAACAUGGCACGUGCAUGUGCCUGGUGAAGGGGCUCUUCUACCACUGCUCCAGCCAGGACGACGCCGGCGACUCGUGCGCGGACCAGCCGUGCUCGCUGUCGCGCGGCCGCUGUGUGCCGCGCUUCCUGUGCAUGGGCCUGUUGGCGCCCCUCUUCCCCUGCCUGCUGUGCUACCCGCCGGCCAGGGCCUGCCUGCGCGCCUGUCAGCUCUGCCACGACCAUCUGCACCGGCCUGGCUGCCGCUGCAAGAACUCCAACACCGUAUACUGCAGGCUGCAGGGCUGGGCGGGGCCGCAGGGAAAGCCCUCCUGAAGCCCCACCCCCCGGGGUGUCCAGAGGACACACUAAUACGGAGGACAGACGGGAGGAAGAGGGCUGAUGAUGACGAUGAUGAGAGGAGACACUGUUGUGUAGAGCGCGGCUCCUCUCUUCCCCGCCCACUCUGCUGCUGGAGAAAGAAAAUCAAAACCACUUGUUUUUCCUGUUUUGUUUUGUUAAUGUGUUUUUUUUUGUUUGUUGUUGUUGUUGGUUUUUCCGUUUUCUGUUCAACAGAUUUUCUUAACAAGCCAGUGUUUGCCUUACCUGACUGUGGGACUGUUCAGCUACUCAUUAACGUAAAGAGCUGAAAGAAAGAAAGGUGUGUGUGUUUAACAUGUGUUUCACAUACUGAGCUCUGUAUGCCGUCAGAGGUGUGUGUGUGUGUGUGUGUGUGUGUGAGAGAGAGAGAGCAUGGACUGGUGCUGCCAGGGAGAAAGAGCACCCUCCUACCAAAUCUGUGAAGGACUAUCUAGCCAGACCAUAAUAUGUAGCUGUUACCAGAUCUCCAUAGCAACCUGGUAUUGUUUGAAGAGGGUUGCAGUAAACUGGGUUCCUGUGCCUCUUUGGUUUCCAAGGAAAUGACCCUCCCUCUUAUAGUAUUCCCAGCGCUAUUUCUAAUGGCAUUCCGGACAGAAUUCCGGACGGAUGUCUUUCCUUCACUCCAAACAUCGACUCAAACACUCCGUGGCAUUCUGACUUUUCCCCCCUCAUAUUUUUGUAAAUUGUAUGUUCAAAUUCAUAAGAGGAUUUCCGGCUAUUUUUUAAAAGAAAAUGUCUGUUAAAACAUUUUUGUCAUUGUAAAAAAAAUAUUUAUUAAGUGAAGCUCUAUUAUUUUAUGAUAUUUAUUGCAAAAGACAGUCUUAGAUUUACUCAUGUCUGAAUAUAACAAAAUAUCAAUACUGAAAAAUUAAAGGGUGACACAAAAGAAAUGCUAUGUUAACUUUACUGCAGAAAUAUAUUAAUUAACGAAAAAUA